CAAAUAUUGUAAAGUUUUUUGAUGUACAUACUAAAGGACUGUAAGUUAACGUUUUGAUUUAAUAUUAAGGUAUAAACAAUAAAUAUAGGCAGUGAUAUGUUAUUAAAAAAAGUAUUCACUUUGAUUUUUAUACGCAAAGAUGAUGAAAUACUUUUAGGAUUGAAAAAGCGAGGAUUUGGUAAAGACAAGUGGAAUGGCUUUGGAGGCAAAUUAGAGCACAAUGAAACAAUUAAAGAGGCUGCAGUACGUGAAUUAAAAGAAGAAUGUUGUUUGUGUGUUAAAAUAAGAGAUUUAAAAAGUAUUGGUCAUUUAGAAUUUACAUUUGAAGGAGAUUCAACAGUGAUGGACGUCAACGUUUUCGCCUCUAAUAUUUUUGAAGGUACACCGGCUGAAACUGAUGAAAUGAUUCCGAAAUGGUAUAACUGUAAAGCAAUACCUUUUGACGACAUGUGGCCCGAUGACAGAUUUUGGUUCCCAUACAUGUUAAGUGGUAAAUUGUUUUAUGGCAAAUUUCACUAUCAAGGCUUUGACAAAAUUUUGAAUUAUAAAGUACAGGAAUUACAAUCCAUGGAAUCUUUUUAUGCUAACAGAAAAGAUUAAAUGUAUUUGCUUAACAAGUUCAAAAUAAACAAUUGUAUUACUAAAAUAAAUUCACAUCAGUUGAUUAUAAACAUUAAAAAGUUUGUGACAAUUUAUAUAUAAAUAUGAGUACAAGCUUAGACUUCUGAAAUCAGAUUAGAUGUUGUCAAGUCGGUACUACCAGUGUGAACCAUUAGUUUGUCCAACUUUUAUGCAUAUUUACUAAAACAAAAGCUACAGAACAGUUUUAAUUAGAAAGUCAACACUAUAAAUUGUCACUGAACUGGAUAAAAAGUUAAAAUCAAGUAGACUUGAACUGUUAAGUUGGAGUUCAAUAACAAAAUUGGCGGCUUACAACUAUGGUGAUGCAUAUCUAAGCUACUGAGCUUUCUCAGUUAUCUCAUGCUCAUGCCUCAGUAGGCAUGAGCUGCCCAGAGACUCGCAAACCAUGCAGAUACAAACUGAACAGAACACAACUGAUCUGCUUCACACAUGUUAAUUGUGAUCUAAUCUGUGUUGAAGCAUCUAUAGCCUAAUGGUUAGGAGUACAGAUCUCCUAUCACAGGGUUGGGAGUUUGAAUCCAUAUCUAAUAAAAAUCCAUAUUCUAGCACAAGCCUAGAGCUUAGUUGGAAUGGUACAAGAAAUAUUAGUAAAUUUCCAAAAAAAAAUUGUUAAUAUUUUUACAAAAACAAAAAUAAAUCAUUAAUUUUAGUUGAGUUACCCAGGAGUAAUUGUACUUACAUGUAACCUAUGAUAAUAUGAUUCAUAAAGUUGUGAGAAAUAAAUAUUCAGUACCAAAAAAUAACUUUCCUUUGUUUCGCAUAAUGUAUAUCAUUAAAUUUAAAACUCUUGUCAUCAACCUUCCCU